CCAAUUUUACAUAACCAUAUUACCUACCACCUGUUACAUUAUACAUCACCCGAUCAACACACACCCCUUUUCGUCCUCACACAAACCCUAAUUUAGAAACCUUCAACCUCUCAAUCCAUCAAUGGCGGACAACGACCUAAAACCUAAUUAUUCCUCUUCAGAAGACGAAUCAGAAGAACCUUCCGGCACCGAAGAUGAACACUCAUCCGAUACCGAAUCAGAUCAACCCCCAAAUUCACCACAAAACCCCCAAAAAACCCUAAUUUCACCGGAAUCAGAACAAUCCGGUUCCGGUACCGAUUCCGACUCCGAUUCACCCGCAGUUGCUGAUCCAAACAUCAAACCGAUCCGUUCAAUUCCAAUGGAACCAGAAGAAUUAGGUCAAAAAUCCGAAUUGUUACCAGCUCAGGCGAGGAGUAAGCGGCCGGCAGUGUGUUCUCCGGCGACGGUGAACGAAAAGGAAGCGAAGAAACCGAAGAGUAAUCAUUCGAUCGAAGAGGAGUCGAAGAAGCAGCUGUUUCAGAGGCUGUGGAGUGAGGAUGAUGAGAUUGUGAUAUUGAAAGGUAUGAUUGAUUAUAAAGGUGAGAGUGGUGAGAAUAAUGGUAAUGUUAUUGGUGAUACGGGUGCAUUUCAUGAGUUUAUUAAGAAGUCAUUACAUGUGGAUGUUAGUAGAGCACAGUUAGUUGAUAAGAUUAGGAGAUUGAAGAAGAAGUAUGUGAAUAAUGUUAGUAAGGAGAAAGAUGGUAAAGAUAGAAGCUUUAGUAAAAGUCAUGAACAAAGAGGGUUUGAGUUGUCUAAAUUGAUAUGGGGUGGUAGUAAUAAUAGUAAUAAUAACAUAGAGGGUAAGAAGAAUAAGGGUCAAAAGAAUGGGAAUGUUGCUAGUGCUAGUGCUAAUGGGUUGGAUGAUGAUCAUGAUAAGGAAGGUUUUGUGUUGGAGGGUGAGAAGGGGUUGGAUAUAUCGCGGUUUGUUCGGUAUGGUGGGAGGAAUGAGAGUCCGGUAUUGCCGGAGGAGAUUGUGAAGGCUGGGAUGGAGUUGGCUGAGGGUGCAAAGAGGGUGGAGUUGGAGGAGAGGUGGAGGAGUUUGAAGAAGGAGGAGCUUGAGAUUUAUUUGAGGAAGAUGGAGUUGGUUAAAGAGCAAGCUUUGGUAGUUCUUGAGGCUGUUAAUACAUCAGGAAGUUGAGGUAAUUUAUGGUUUUAUGUUGAUUAAUUGUGAUGUGAUGAUGGUAUUUAUUUAAUAAGACUUUGUAGUUGUAUUUUAGAAAUAUGUGUUUAAUCAUUUUUAUUUUAUGAGUUUUGUAA